AUGCAAAUAUUAAAAAUACCCUGGUUGGGUCAUAGCACUGAAAACAAAAAAAUCGAAUGUUAUUCAGUUACUAUCAAUUCACAAGGUACAAGAUUAGCAUCUGGAGGGCUAGAUGGAUACAUUAGAAUAUGGGAUACAAAUACAAUAAACUCGUUUUUCAAAAUGCUGGAGAAGCCAUAUAACAAACUGAAAAAGUCAACAACCAACAACAACCCCACAACUACUUCAGACUUAGAUAAUGCAUCAGACUUACCAGAUAAAUCAUUACGAAGACCAAUGUGUUCAAUGUCAAGACACAAUGGUGUUGUCACAUCAUUAAAGUUUUCACCAGAUGGUCGAUGGUUAGCAAGUGGUUCAGAUGAUAAAAUUGUAUUAAUAUGGGAAAAAGAUGAUACUCAAAGACCUAAUUCUUUUGGUGUUGAACAAGAAGAUUUAGAACAUUGGACAGUUAGAAAAAGAUUAGUAGCUCAUGAUAAUGAUAUUCAAGACAUUUGUUGGUCACCAGAUGGGAAUUUGUUAGUCACUGUGGGUCUAGAUAGAUCAAUUAUAAUAUGGAAUGCAUUAACUUUUGAAAGAAUUAAAAGAUAUGAUAUUCAUCAAUCAAUGGUAAAAGGGAUUGUUUUUGAUCCUGCAAAUAAAUUUUUUGCAACAGCUUCGGAUGAUAGAACAGUUAGAAUUUUCAGAUACUACAAGAAAUUAAAUGAAUACAAUAAUUACGAAUUUCAAAUGGAGCAUAUUGUAAUGGAUCCUUUUAAAAAAUCACCACUUACAUCGUAUUUUAGAAGAAUGAGUUGGUCACCAGAUGGUCAACAUAUAGCAGUACCCAAUGCUACUAAUGGUCCUGUUCCAUCAGUUGCAAUUGUAAAUAGAGGUAAUUGGGGUUCGGAUGUUUCAUUAAUUGGUCAUGAAGCACCAGUUGAAGUUUGUUCAUUUUCACCAAGACUAUUUCAAAUUGAAAGUAAAAAAGAUGAUGAUAAAUUUCAAACUAUUUUAGCAACAGGUGGUCAAGAUAACACGUUAGCUAUAUGGUCAACUUCGAAAUCAAAACCAAUUGUUGUUUUACUGGAGAUUGUUCAAGGAGCAAUUACUGAUAUAUGUUGGAUGCCAAAUGGUGAAACAUUGUAUUUCAGUAGUUUAGAUGGUUCAAUAACUUGUAUCAAAUUUGAAAAUAAAGAAUUGGGUGAAGUUGUAAGUGAAGAAUUAAUUGAUCAACAAUUAAAUAGAUAUGGUGCUGAUAGAGAAUCUACAAUACUACCUGAGAGUGUAGAACAAUUACGAUUAGAAGAAAAUUCAAAAGAUGCAAGAGCUUUGGCUAUAAGGAAAAUGAUGUCAAUGGAGCCUAAAAAACCUACAACUGCAACAGCAUCAACAACAACAACAAAAAUACAAGCACCUGUAAAUACAGCUACACCAACAUUAAUCCCAUCAAAGACCAUAGAUGCCUCCAGAUUAAGAAAACAAACUAUCACAAUCACUAAAUCAGGGAAAAAGAAAGUGGCACCUUUAUUAGUUUCCUCAUCUAAACCAACAACGAAUAUUGCACCAAUACAAGCAACUAAGAAAAGAAAACUACAGUCGAUCUCAAAAAUAUCUCAGCCUACAUAUAUACUACCUAGAAAUGGAUUAUCAACAUCAGUAUGUGGAAUAAAAAAACGAGAAUCAACUACUCAGAGUUCAACGACAUUAGAAGAAGAUAAUGAUAAUGAUGACAUAGGCACAACAACUAAUGGAAUUCAAGACGAUGUACAAUUAUCGGAACAAGCAUUAAAGAGACAGAAAAAUAGACAAAAAAGAAAAUAUUUUGAAUCAAAAUAUCCUAGUUCUUUUAAAUUUGUCAGUAAUUUACCAGAAAAUUUAUUCGUAAACAAUGCAUUGCAGAACUUGGAAAUAAACAAGAUUUAUAAAGCCUAUGCUGAUAACAAAGAUAUAACAACUGAAUUAUCCACAGGGUCAUCCAUUGAUUUUGAUGAAGAUUUAAUCUUCUCAGUAGUUUUCGCAAAAUCAAAUUAUAAACAGCCUAAAAAUUCAGUAUUAGGUGAAGAGUCAAAAGAUUUAGUAUCAACAAUUGAAGUUAGAAAUGGUAAACCAUGGCAUGAAGAUCCAAAAGAAAAUGACAGAGAUUUUGAUGAUCCAACAAAAGUCAUUGUGUAUACGAAUGAAGGUGAAAAACGUAAAUUUACACUAUUUUUUCCAUUCAGAAUUCAACAAGUUUUGCCAAUAAUAGAUGAAUCAACUCAAGACCUAAAAUAUUAUGUUUUAUGUUCAUUUAAUGGAAGUUUGCAGAUCAUAUCUGCUAAAACUGGUAAAUUUUUCUGUCCAACUAUUGAGAUUUUUGAAAAUGUUAUAUUCAUGAAGUAUUAUAAUUCAAACUUAUUAAUUAUGACAAGCUUGGGGUUAUUCUAUGGUUGGAAAUUUUUGAAUAAUCAACUUAAGAUUUACAUGAAUAAAGUUUCAAUUGCAGCAGUAUUAAAUCUAAUUGAACUUGAAUCUAAAGUUACCAAGGUACUAACCCCUAAUGUUAAAUCAAUUGAGAUUUCAUCUGAUGGUACACCUUAUGUGUUAACAGACGUUAGUAAUGAUAUAUAUGGAUAUUCAUUGGAUUUAAAAUGUUGGAUCAAAGUAACUGAUUCUUGGUAUUAUAACGUGACAGCUGAUGAAACAACCAAGACUAACAGUCAAAAUUUUAAUAAGAUACUACACAGAUCAAAAUUAGGAUUUGAAAAUGAAAAAUUGACUAAAAAGAUAAAUACUUAUGAUUUUGGAAAUUCAAAUAAUUUAUUAAGAAAAGUAAUGAUUGAAAGAAAUAAAGAAAUGAUUGAAAUGAUAUAG